AUGACAGUUCUAAACAAAAAUUCAAAGAUGGAGGACAAAUCAGAGGUGUGUAAACAGUAAAGUAGUGAAAUGGCAGAUACUGUAAUUCAUACGACUUAAUGAUAAGCGUAUUUUAUAAAAUAUUUUAUUGUUAAACAAUGUGGUAAGCCCAAGCUUAAAAUUUUUUCUCUGCACCCUAUUAAGACGUCAAGAAAACGGAAGAGGGCGAAAGAAGAAACUUCCGAUGUGCAUAUUCCUGGUAUGUCGAGAUAAAAAAAAACUAUAACUUAAAUGUCAGGCUACUUUUUCAGUUGCUAGUGGGUGAAUUUUGGUUAAAAAUAAGCUUGUGGUUUUUGGAACUAGAUUCUUUUUUUGUUGUUGUUGUUUUUAUCUUUGGUAAAACUUCUGUAAAACUCCAUACAUUUAUUAUGCAUGCAGCAAAUAUUUCAUGCUGUUUCUCGCAAUGAGUUAAUAUGAAGAGAGUCAAAAUGAGUAUGCAUAAUAAAUGUAUGUGGCUGUGGGAAAUCUUAAGGUUUUUUUUUUUUGCAUGUGCAUGAUUUGUAAUGCAAAGAGUAGAAAAAAGAAUUUUAGAAUAGCUUCGCUCAAACACCAAUACUUUUUAUAUCGCUACAGUAGUAUGCUCACUCUGAUUGGCUGCUAAUUGGGCAAGUUUUUGUUAGUAGCCAGGUACCCAAGGCAUACAUAAUUUGUGUUUAACUUGAUAGUGAACAUCAAUUUUAUGGUCAGUUGAGAGCUCUUAUACUAGAGGUAAUCAAUGAUGAUGGGUCCAUAUUCAUCACUACCUUACGGAAAUGAAAUUGAAGUCCAGUUUCCCGGCCGAGAUGCCCCUGAUAAAAUUAAUAGGUGCAGUUAAUUUGCAGUCAUCCGUGAUAGCUUGAAAAUUUCUGCCUUAGUGCCACAGGAACACCAGAUUAGGAUGCGUUUGGCCAAAAAGCGAAAAGGUUAUCCACCGACCAGUGUCACAUGACCAUAUCACAGGCUCUAGUGUACAACUCAUUGAGGUGAUGUGUUUUUUUCCCAACCCCUCCCCAUCCCACAAACAACAUAAGACUCAUUUAUCCAGAAUUAUUCCCUAGUUUCAACUUUGUAUAGGGUGGGGGAGGGGGAACUGCAAGAUAUUUUCAAAAAGGUUGCACUGUUUUGUUAGGGCAACCAGGAGCUACAGAAACUUUAUGACUGCUGCAUCACUGUCCCAAGGACUUUUGUCUAGGAUUUUAGCUUCAUUUGACAAACAUCCUGCUUACUGCUAGGACUCAAUGUCAACACAUGUGCUCAUGCACAAUGGUGGAAAUGUGAUAGUGAAUCUUCAGCCUGGUGAUUAAAAUAAUGAGAAACAUGUAUUUUUUAGUCAGCGACACAAGCAGCCCAAAAAAAUAAAAUCCGAGUCUGACUUCCUACAGGAGUUGAACCUAUGACUUUCUGGUGAGACAAGUCCCAACUAGGAAAUUCCUAUCCAGGUUCCCCGAUUGGGACUUGUCUCACUCUUCCAAGUUUGGGAUUUUUGUGGGUAUUCUUUAAAUACCCUAAAAUAUCCAAAAAUGAGAGUCUGUUUAUUUUUUCCUGUGAUAUUAACAUAGGAAAGAAAAGAAAAAAGAAAGGGAAGAGUGCAAAGAGAAAAGAAAAAAGAAGGAGGUUAGCAGAGGCAAGAAAGGUUUGCAAACAGUUAUUGGUAUUUUAUAUAAUCAUACAUCUGUUAUUUUUACAAGAUUUACUGAAGAAAAUUGCAGACGUAAGGGUAAUAUUAAAUUAUUGUUGUAGGUCAAGUCUGUUCUCAUGUUUAACCAGUGUAAUAUUCAACCUACAAUCGGCAACAAAAUAUUAUUGUUGAGACAUUGUACUCAAAUUGGGUAACUUCAGAGAACAAAAAAAUCCACACCCCUCCCCUGCCCCUCCAUUCAAAGUUGGGGUGUUUGUUGUUUUCUGUAGGUAGCUCAAACAUUGGCACAACAUUGCGUGGAGAGGAUGGGGGAGGAAAAGCUGUAUUUCCUCCUUUUGAAGUCAGUAUAACAUACAAAAAGCCCAGUUUAGGGUGAAGUGUCUCAACUCAUUUUGUCGCCGAUUGUAGGUUUUAAGGUUUGUAGUCUGUGAAUACAGUGGUCACUGAGUGGUCUCUCCUGGCUCCUUGCCACUAGAACAUCUUGCAAGGAAAAAAAUCUUCAACUCAACAAGAGAAAUUCCAUACUGAUGAUGUUAAUCAAUGUUUUCCAGUUAUUUUAAAUUUUUCCAAUUUAAUUUCUCCUGGUCCAUUGAUGCUAAAUGGGAGCGCAAGAAAAUAAAUUUCAAAUUUCACAGGAAUUGAGAAAACACACUCAGGUAAAAUCGUCAUGGGUAAGAUUUGAUUUUGUGAAAUUUGAAGCAUUUGAAGUUUGUUUUCUUGGCCUCCCAUAAGAACCUUUUCUUUGGAGUUAUUUCAUAAAACUUAUCACAUUUAUAGCCCUCGAAAAGAGUAAAAAAGAAUGCAAUCUGCUUGGUUUUAGUCCACUGAAAGUUGAAAUUACUUAAAGAGUAAUGGAUUUUGUCUUAAACUUUCUUUCAGCAAAAGGUCAAUCAUGGGCAAGAGGAUCUUUUCACAGCUGAAAAUAGCCAGCUCCAGCCAACAGUCAACCCUUAUACAGAACAUCUUUUCCAAGCAGGAAAUGUCCAUCAUGCCCGUUCACCAGUAAAAAUCUCAAGCAUACCAGAGCUUAUUUUAUUUGCAUUAACACCCGAUGAUGCAGUUGUCCCUGAUUGGUGUGAUAUCAUCAAUGUAAGAAGCAUACAGAAAGUUGUUAUUGUCCUUGUUAGCGGCAUUGGAGCUGUGGAAUUUAAUAAACACCAAGAGCACUUUUCCCAGUGUAACACACUCUUCGAAAAGGUAAUCUCUUGCUGACUCUCCUUUAUAUGACAUAGUUUCUUCAAAUCUGAUCUGUACCAUAAAUGGCCUAUAAAUACCCAGGGCUUCUAUAAUAAUUUAAUUUUAGGGGUCCAAGCAGAGUGUUUGAUAGAUAUGAGGCAUUACAAAAAAAGAGAGAGGCAUUUAUUCUUAUAACAGUACUGUAACAAGCUCAACAAAACUAAUAUGCUUUCAGCAAAGAAAUUGAGAGAGUUUAGAAAUAGCAGAAUAUCCACUCCUUUAAUUGAUACGUCUAGGCCAUCUAGAGAUCCAUGUCGCUCUUUCAAAUCCCAAUCUCGAGGUCAGAAUUCUCACCCUAGGUUAUUGUGCUGCCAUCAUUAGUCUGUCCUUACUUUGAACUUAACAUUCAUGAACAAGAUGAAAUACACAAACCCUCAGGAUAAUCAAGCAAGAAACUGAAUGAAUUGAAUGAUUUUGCUUCUUUUUGCUAUUAAAUUCCUAGUAUUUUGAAGCAAUUCUUAUAGGGGGCAUGUAUUAGAAUGGGUGUUUAUUAAAACGGGGUGUCUAGUAAUACAUUUUUAACAGUGCAUGGAGGAGGCGUUUUUUGCAAGCGGGUGUUUAUUACAUCAUUUACAGUAGAUAUACCCUUCUUAAUGGUUAUAACUACUAUACUAGUAAUUUAUAAUAGGCUGAUCAGUAGAGAAAAAGAUGUAUUAUUUAAAAUCAAUUGAUGAUUUUGCCCUUUAAGUAAUUUCCAAUUAUUUUUUCAUAUGUAAGUUUAGUUCUAUAAAUUCUUAUCAGUAAUGACUGCAAAUAGUCAGGUCUCUUAAGGUCAGGAUCGUUACAGAGUUGACAAAAGCACCAAACUUUGCACAGCGAUAGCUUACUGCAGUACCAUGAAUAUUGGAGGGGGUGCCCAAUGCAAAUAUGCCACUGAGGCGUGCUAACCAGGAUUUAAUUAUUGUAAAUUUCACCUGCUGGGGUCCUUGUGGUGUUUUGAUUGAAAAUUGUUAUUUAAUACCCUAAAUCAUUCAGAAUGCUCUUCUCAUGUUGUAAACAACAAUUUCACUAGAACAUCUGGCAUUCCCAUCCAGUAUUAGCCUAUUGAUUGUAUAAUUGAGUUGAUUAUUACUGUGCCCUUAAAGCAAGUCCACAGUCCUCCCACACUUUCAUAAGUCAUUGCUAAGAUGGCCUCGUCUUUGCUUCAUAACUUGCAAGUACUCAGCUUCUUGGGUUCUCUUCUCCUUUUCUAAUGUAUUUCAAUUAGAGGAGGCCUUAUUGUGUGGCUUAAGCGUUAUUUAUCAAGUAUUACUUGUCAUUACAUGUCACUUUAGGCUAAAGAAAGCGUAUGGCAUAGCGAUUCACGCACAAAAUUUCAGAAAAGAAGAAGUUGUCAAAGAGUCUGUUGCAUCAAAUAUUACCAGGGAUUUAUGACAGCUGUUCAUAAAGACCAAAUAACGAAAUGACAGAAUCCAAAAUAGUUCUUUCCUAAGGAGGUAAUUAAUUUUUCAGUUUAACAUAGGCCUGGAUACCUUUCAGUCUCUCUUUAUCUGCUGGACGCACGUGCAUGUUUUGACAGAGAAGCAAGCAUCGUGGCACAAGUCAUAUCAUUUACAAUUCCCGCAGUUUGUCUAAGCUUUACAAAGCAAAAUCAAAAAAAAAAGAAUCUGGUCUCAUAAACGAAAAAAAGGAACAGGUUAGCCCAAGCUUCAAAAAACAGCACAGUUUACCAUGAAGCCUCUACAUUUGGCACUGAAGCACUCACGUCGAAAAACAAUAACAGCUUAAAUCAAGUCGUAAAAGUGAGACUCAAUUAAGUGGUACAAGAUUGACUCAAAUGAUAAAUGGUGAAUGGUUUAACUGCUGAAACCAUAGAAAGGGGGUCGGGCUAACUUUUAGGGCCUGUUUACAUGUAGGAGGGGGACCCCAAGUAGGCAUAGUAACCCACUUAGGUGGGGAACCUGCCUGUCCAUAUAAUCUCUCAUUUUAAUUUGAUCACGUUUACAUGAUAGGUGGGGUGACCCUUCAAGGUGGGUAGCCCGGUCUGCCACACCGGGUAACCCUCUCAGCUGAGGUCAAAUUUUGCCAUGUCAACGUUUCAAGAUGAGGUAACCCAGGCUAGUCGGGGUCGGAUUCGGGAUACAUCAAAUUCGCGCAAAAUUUACUUUGGCGCCGGGUUGCUUCACACAAUUAUUAAAGGUAACAAUAGACGGCCACAACACUGAAGACUGCAGCAAGAGCAGCAAGUGAGCGUAGACGUGGUUUGCCAGCAUUUUUCUUCUUUACGUACUUAGCGACCAUUCAAUAAUCUUGAGAAACUGCACCCCAGGAUGGUGGGGUUGUAAGAUUGCAUGUAAAGGAGGGUUAUUUUUUUACCCCAGUUAAGCAGGUUACCUCACCUACCUGGGGUCCCCCACCUUUAUGUUAACGGGCCCUAAGUCUCAGGAACCGUGAAACUGGUAAUAAACGGUAUACCUAACCCGGGACUAGCUGUCAUACUACUUUCAUCUUCAAAAACGUCAGCAUAGCAGCCAAAGGAGCCAUUAUAUCGGUGUAACACAAAUAUUAGAUUGCGGUUGUUUCAUGCUUCUCGUUUUGUGACUUUUUUGUGUACGUUUUUGUCACCAUCUAAAUUUCAAUCAUGUUCAAAACACCCCUACUAACAAAAUAUUUCGUAAAGCUCCUUAGAAUGAUAUUCAGCAAUAAAAACAAGGUGUGACUAGGAGCCGAUUUCUAGGCUCCUGGUGUGGCAACAUAGGCAUAAGUGAAUGCAAAGUUUUGCGGUACGUAAUCUGUCAGAAAUCUGUUUGAGUGGUCAAAGUUGGGGCUGAUGGCUUCUUUAUCUUGACCACUCCAUUAUUAUAAGGGAUCAGGCCAUAAUUAUUAUUGACCCUUGCUUUUUUUGGUAUUUUCGGUAAUUUUCCACAACAUUAUUUUGUGAAAAGUUGGUAACUGAAUUGCUCUUGAGGAAUUCAUGAUCGUAAGAAUUCGUAACCACGGGGUAUUCGCCUAAUUGCAUCAAACAAUUUACAUUCAUUUUCAUAAAUGAUGCAUCAUUGGUUGGCUAAAAGAGGACUUGUUCCUGUAACUUCCAGCUCUUUUGAAGUUAGUUUGUUUGUAAAUUGUAACGCACGCGACGACCUUCCUUUUUUUUGAAAGAUUGUAUAGACCUACCAUUAACACUCUGGUGCGAGGGCUCUGAAGUGAAUGAGCUCCUUACAGGUGUCUAGGGACGCAGGGACCUCAUACACUGCUUUUUGCAUGCAAAUGUGUAAAAAAUUAAGAGUGCUGAAAAUUCCUGGAGAGGCAUAUGUUUUACAACCUCGUCCCCCGGGCUUAAUAAAAAGGUAGAAAAAGGUAAACCGACCAUAUUUUAUGUCAAUAACUCGUGACAGUAAUAAUAACUGAUAAACUUGAGGUCGACGAUUGCGCUCCUUUUACCCCCUCUCUCCAUUAAUGCUCCGUUUUAAGGGUAUUUAAAGCUAGUCAAAGCUACACAGAAAGGAGAGAAGUUGAAAUAAGGAUGUGUUGACACCAGGGAUCGAACUCGGGACCUCACGCACCGAAGGCUGCGCACUAACCAACUGUGCCACCCUUGCUCCUCCUUUUCCCCCUGAGGAUGACGUUGACAUGUUUUAAUCAUUAUCUCAAGAACAAGGUUACCAACGAAGCAAAUUAUAAUCUAAUCUUAGCUGCACAAUUACAAAGUUGGCGAGUUGUCAGUUACGGUUCAUGAGGUCGUUUAUGAGGCAUGUCAAAAUUUAACGAUUCUAUCGUUUAGGAUGUGAUACAUUUGGGUUUUAUGUUAUUGUAUGACAUCUUUGAAAGCUGGCUUCGUGAUCUGUUUAAAUUGAUAUGUAAUGAUAUUAUCACUGGCAAGUCUUAGCAGUGACACUGAUAGCCACACAGUGAUCAUAGCCAAACUUACCGUGUGGAGACGGGGCACUAGUCAGUAUUAUGUACACGUAAAACUAUUUUGAAUAGUGUAACAACAACUAAACAUUACCAAAUUAAAAACUUAAAAAUUUGAAGCUAAUGUUUUUUAGCCAAAUCAAACAAGAAAAGUUCUCACCACAGGGCACCCAAUCUGCUAUUAUAGGUGAAAGUUAACCCCCCUUUUUAUCUGUGAUUAGGACCAUUUGUAACGGGCACCCCCUCCAGUAUUAAUCGGCAGGUGCUAAGGAAGCUCUGUGCCAAAUUUGACACUUUUGUCACGUCUGUAACGAUCCGGCCUAUAUUUUGCACUAAGAGACCUGACUAAAAAGAAAUAUGUUUCACUUAAUUUAGUGGAGAUUUAAGCAAAAAAAAUAUGCUAAUAAUUCUUCCAUUAUAAUUGGUUCUUUCUUCCAACAAUGUUUUACAGAGCUAACUUUCUUCUUGGGACAAAGGGUGGCAUAAUGGUGAGAGGACUUGACUCCCACCAAUGUACCUUGGUCAGAAUCCCAGAAGCAACACCAUACACUUUAUGUGGGCUGAGUUUUCUGCUGGUUUAGUCUAGCCCACACUUGAAGAGAUUUUCCUCUGGGUACUCCAGUUUUCCCCUGUAGUGUUCAACCUGAUAAUAUACAACUACAAGUAUAUUGAACGGCUUCAAAAACUCUGAUAUAGAUCAACUCAUUCUUGCAAUUACUGUAUAAUUAUUUAGAUUUGGGGUUAUUUUGGUCUAAAAAAUUGAGUAAAGUUAAGCUUUAUCAGAUAUAAAGACACUCAUUAUUAAAACAUUAAGUUUUUUUGUUUUUUUCUUUAUGAAUAUUAAUAAGAUGUGAUAUAUUUUUUAUUUAUUAUAUAAAACUGUGAUAAUGAAGCCAUACCGGGUAUGGAUUUUGUGUCUCUUAAAUGGACUCCUUUUUUAAAGGGGCUUCCUUGUAAGGAAAGUUUGAUAAUGCAUUUACAUUGUUAAAAUAUCGUUUUCAUUCUUUAAGCUCUUUUUUUUUUCAGUGUGUGGCAACUUUCGCCUCAGGUCCAGAUAUUUCCGUACGGCUACCUCCAGAAAGUUUAUUAUCCGUAGACAUUUCAAAACAAGAGAAAAAAAGGAGGAAACAAGCUGAACAGAAUGGUAAGAGUAUUCAUAUACAGUGUGAGCAAAUAUUGCUGCCGACACAUUAAUUGUGGACAGUGCCUCUUUCAGCCCAAAAUAUUCUGUAUUGACAGCAUAAAUUUGUCCAGAAUCUGGUCAAGUGCUCUUAUUGGUUGAUUUAGUAACAUUUCACUCUUACAGCAGUUGUUUAUGAUUAAGAGACAAAAGACUUAAGGUCACAAAAAUCAAUUCUACAAAGUGAUGAAUCUACUAAGAAACACUCCAAAUAUACUGAAAGCAAAUUUUGCUUUUCAAGAACUUAUUCACUUUUGGUGGUGUCAAAUUUGCAGCAUUAUCACAUGAGCCAUACGGCCCCACGCGCAAUUUCCUUGGAAAACCAUAUGACAAAAAAAAAGUCCCGUUUGAGGCCCUUACGCGUCAAGUGAUAGAGGCAGAAAAACGCUUGCGGCCCUGCUAGAAAAGGGCGUACGAAACGAGGCAAAUGCUGCCAUGAACGCGUUUUCGCUCCGCCAGAAAAAUUCAAAAACACAACGGUCAUAUGAUAAAAUUCUUAUUGACUUAGUUAGGUCGGGUCGGACGUGAAGAUAUUUAGUUGUCAGUCUGGACGCACGGGCCUCGUUGCGCUACAGUAGGUCCGUACGUCCAGACCUCGAGCCAAAUAUUUUCCCGUCCAGCCCUGACACUCAGUCAAAAAGUACAUAUAACUCAAGGAGAAACACAAAUUUGAAAAACUUUACAUCUAGAAUCCCAUGACUACCAGAUAUUUACGAAAGUAUUGAUUUAGGUUAGAAUUUAGGAAAUUUUGAGGCCAAAAUGUAGACGUGUAUUCACAAAGUAUUGCUUUUUUUUCUGGCAUUGCAUUAAAUUACUAUCUUUAUUAAACGCAGCUGAUACUCCAAAAGGAAGAGAGGAUUAUAUUCUGACAACUGAGGAGAUGCAGAUGAAUGAUUACCCUCUCCCUGAAGAUGAUGAUAAUCAUGCUGAUUAUAAAUCGACACAUAAUGAUGGUAUGUAAUAAACAUUAUUAUUCGUUCAAAAUAUUUGUACGUUUCUGAUUGGCUAAAAUCUCAUGCAUAUUUAAUCAUAACCAGCUACCGUCGACCAAAUUUGGAAGAAUAUAGCUAUACGUGAAAAAAAAAAAAAAACACAAAAUUGCCAUAUUAUUGAACAAUUAACCGAGAAGACCCGUGGACGAGUUUGAGUUGUUUUGGUGAGUGAGUACAAAAUGGUGGAACACUUCAAAAUUAUCUCAUCGAAUCACAACAACAUAUUGCAGUGCUUUAUCCAAAAAACUGUUCUUUUAGGAACCACCAAAUAAAAGAAAAGUCAAUGACUAAGUUGUAAGCAGCUUUUAUUGUCUCUGAUAAGUGAAUAAGUAAUCAAAAAUAAACAAACUGAAAAUAAUUAUCCUUAAUUGAUCAGCACCUGCGAUCAAUUCAAACGGACAGAGAUAAUUGAGAGGGCAACGGUAUUUUUUUUCAGUGUCGGUUUACUGUCGGUCAACUGUCGGUGAGCUGUCGGUUACUGUCGGUCAACUGUCGGUGAGCUGUUGGUAUACUGUCGGCCAACUGUCGGCCGUGAGAAAACCAACAGUCGGCCGACAGACUUUUAGGGGAGCUUCUUGUUCACUUUUACCCAACAAUUUUUCUUGACAGAGACGGUCAUUUGCGUUGUCAAACAAUAAAAGAAAAGCAUGGGCUACAAUUUUGUUCCUGGGUGCAAUCAUGCACAGGAAAGCCAUACAUGUCAAUGUUUUCGUUUUUGUCUGCCACAUUUGCAGGACCACGGUUUGUUGAGAACCAAGAAUUUUGCUACCAUGGCAACGUGACGUGACGGCUUCUCUUCUCUAUUAAGAAAAUCUCGUAGUCGUAGUAUUCCUCGUUUUAGAAUCGAAAGGUCUCUUUUACUGCUCCACCCUACAUUAGUCCAAGCAAGGUUACCCGCAAUGUUUGACGGUAUUACCCAUUCUUUACACAGAUGAAGAGAAGCAAAGUCUCUCUUCUAUAAAGGAAAGAACAACAUCGCGUCGCAAAAACUAACAAACAAACGGUUACUAAAAAUUAUUUGUUUCUAGGUUUCAUUUCAACCAAAGCGUACCAGAAAUCUACCAGCUCCUCAAAGGAGUCCUCUUCACACGAGUCGCCAAUGUAUGCUGUUGACUGUGAGAUGGUAGGUAGGCUUCUAAAACACUGCAAUAUUUACCAUUUUUGUAAGGUAACAUGUCAAGUCACUCGAAGGUCAUCUCACCCGAAGUCAUGCGGCCCGAACCGCAGAGUUAAAUUAAGUUGGAUUUGCACUUUCCCGUAACUUUUACGCGCGUGGCCACGUAAAUUUUACCCGCGUAAAUAAAAUAGAGCUAAUAGAGUGAGAGAUUUAGAGUCGCGUUCAAGGCAAACGGCAACAGUGAAUUUGUACCACGUGACCAAGUGUUCCCAUAGCUUGUGCUUUACUGUUCAUUACUUCUCCCCCCAAAUUAGUAGCUUCAGGUUAGCUUGGUCUAUAACAAUUGUUUUGGACUGUUUUAGCUGCACUUAUUUUAUUUUAAGAAAUUCUCAACUUGCAUCUGACGUCUCUAAAUCUCUCUAAUGUAUGAAGUGCCGCGUGCAAACGUAGAGGUUGAGCGAGGUUCAACUUUACGUUUACGCGCGACCUUUCAUACAUUAUUCUGUUCUAUUUACGCACGUAAAAAUAACGCGACAGUGGAAAUCCACCUUUAUACGUAGAGACCUAGCCUACGUCACUGUGGCGGCGCUUAAAGGAGGAAGAAAAAGCGGGGGGGGGGGGGGGGGGAAAAAUGGGGGGAGGGGAAAAAAAAAAAAUGCAUUAUUUCCACCCCCCCUCCUCUUUCCCCCCUACAAAGGUCUUUUUUUUUUGUUUUUUUUUUUUUUGUCAAACAGCCUGGUACUGAGGCUCCAUAAAUUAACGAAUGGUGUGUUUAAUUGGUAAUNGUAAUUUACGACACACUUGUUAAACCUACCAGGCCAAUAAUAGACUACAAAACUAAGUAAGUUAUCUCAAGCUCCUCGCGAUUAAUCCAACUCGCUCAAAUUAUAGUUGACCAGUAGAUGAAAAUUAAAGGGGCAACUUUUGAAGCCGUAGUGGCUCGGCAAUGGAUAUGAAGAGCAAUGCAAGCCAAGACUUAAGUUUAACUAUAUUGUGGUUCAGCAAUGAAAACAUAUCUCUCUGUAUAUUUAGUGGCUUGUGGAGUGGUUGCCAAUCAGGACCUGUUUUGUUGUUUGUUCCAAAGUUGGGCUGUAUUCAGUAGUUUAGUCGAAUACCAAGAGAGGAUAGUUUUAUCCUCUCUUGCGAAUACUUAUUUAUUUAGAAAGACUUCACUCCUUUUCAGCAGAGUUUAAGUUAUGGGUCCGCUCCUUUUCACCAGAUUUUAAGUUAUGUGUCCGCAGAGAACGGCUGCCGAGGAAAUAAGGCAGCGUCUGCAACGCAAAGCAAGACAGUUUCUUUUUUUUCUUAAUCGUACUAGUGUUUUUUGUGACCUUGCCGGUAUGGCUUUACCUGCUAACAUGUGACAAGUGAUCUGCAGUAAAAGUGCCAGUAAAGUAAAAUGGAAAUAUUUCCGUAAUGUCCUGCGCUGGAAAAAAUCUUCUAUAGAUAAUAGAGAGAUUUAGAGUGACAUUUUGGCAAACGGCCAACGGUAGACUCAAGUUGAAAAUUUCUCAAGAUAGAACAUGAGCAGAUAAAAACAGUUAAAAACAAUUCUUAUAGAUGAAAAAAACGUGAAACUACUUAUUUUUUUGGUAGAAGUAAAGAAACGUUACGCGACUCUAAAUCUCCCUAUUAUUUAUAGAAAAUUACGCAAAAAUAGCAACAGCACAAAAUCCAUUAGUCUUGCGGGAAAUCCUCUAAGAUCUUCAAGUUAAGGGUAUAGAUACUUACUUGCGUCUCCCCCUUUUUUUGUGAAGGUUUAGUGGCAUUACAAAGAAGACACUUGAAAAUGUUACUACAACAUUAGAUGAUGUCCAAAAAUGUUUAAUCGAUCUUCUGCCGCAUGAUGCAAUUCUGAUCGGACAUUCCUUGGAAAAUGAUCUGCGAGCCUUGAAG